GAACGCAUCUGAAAACGUGAAGCGUAAUCGGAAGCGGUUACAGUCCGAAAAUGGCGUCGUCAAGUACUCAACGGUGGAUGGUGGACUCUGGAAUUCUGCGUAAAAAGAAUAACGACGAACAACCGCAGGAGCUAUUGGUCUUCGGAUAUAGCUGCAAAUUGUUUCGCGAUGAUGACAAGGCGAAAAUGAUUGAUCAGGGAAAGCAUUUGAUACCAUGGAUGGGCGAUAACACGUUGAAGAUAGACAGAUACGAUGGACGAGGCGCACUGGGUGACCUACGGAUUUACGAGCCACCGACAGGUGGUUUUGAACAACGGACCAUACUCACCGAGGAGGAGCUGAAAAUAGAGCAACUCUGUGACGAGGAGCGGUAUCGGUCUCUUUACCAUAAUGAUGAAGAGGAAUCAAUAUAUCAUGAAGAGGAAAUGAAGAGGCUGCAUCAAGCGCUAGAUUCUGAAACGUUUCAUCAAGUUGGAUACAAUUAUAACGAGGAUGAGAAUGGUCAUAAGGCUCCAUGUGAAGACUCGCAGAGUCCGAAACAGUCGGAAGGUUCGCAAGAAGAAGAUCAAGCAUUUAUUCCACCUCCUGAAUUGGAAAUCCCAGAAGGAAUAGUUCUACCGGAAACUCAAAAGCUGAAUGCCAUUAUAACGAAAACGGCAUUGUUUAUAAGCCGGCAAGGGAGCCAAAUGGAAAUUCUGAUAAAGGCGAAACAAGCAAACAAUCCGCAAUUUGCAUUCCUAUCGAUAGACGGGCCGCUUCAUCAAUAUUAUAGAUAUGUCCUCGAUGCUAUCAAGAGUGGGAAAUAUAAUCCUGAAAAGCAACCUGAGAAGGAAGAAUCAGAACCCGAGGAAGAAUCGGACGCGGAUGACGAACCGUACCUACAUCCAAGUCUCGCGCCGUCGUUUACAAAGAUCGAAGCGGCACCUAGUAUACCGAGUAUACAAUACAAGCCAUCGGCAGAUUGCGCGUAUUCCAUGCUUGUAAAUAAGAUCACGGGGAAGCCGCCGCCAUCUAAGGUGCCGCAAACGUUGGACACAUCAAUUCCGCCGAUGCCAUCUGCUGGGUAUUAUCAUCCGAUGCCACCACAGAAUUAUCCUUAUGCUGCUCCUAUGCAGUACUCGCACGGUCCAGUUAUAUACGGACCAAACGGACAGAUUCAGUCGUCCUCGCAGCUCGCCAUGCCGAAUGUUGUAUCGUCGUCGAAUGACACGAGCACGAUGCAAGUUCCAUCACCCAAGGAGUCACCAUCGCCGUUGGUACCAUACGGGAUACCCUCGCAGAAGCCGCUCAGUAGACCCUCCUUCAUCGUGCCACCGGCAGAUAUGCAGAUCAUAAUCGACAAAAUGGCGAGUUACGUGGCGAAGAACGGCCGGGACUUCGAGACGAUCGUCAAGAACAAGGGCGACCCCAGAUUCAAUUUCCUGGAGCUGUCGCAUCAAUAUCACGGUUACUACGCGCAUAAGUUGACAAUAUAUGAGGGCGCGAUAAAUCCCAAAGUGCUGACGGAAGAAGAACUGCUGCAGAAGCAAGAGCCGCAGGAGGAGAAGCAGAAGAAACUGGAGGAGCUACAGAAGAAGCAGCAGAGGAUGGAGGAAGUGCAGAAGCGUGUGAAGAUGAUCCAGGCGAAAAAGAAAGGUGGUGGUGACUCGGCGAAGGCGAAACAGAGCUUGCAGGGAACAAAACAGAUCACAACCGUGUCGUUUUCCAUCAAGAAGCCGAAGGAUGGUGAGAGCACAGUGAUAGAGAAGAGAAAUGCGCUACCGUUGGAAGAAAGCGACGAGGAGAUGGACAACGAUAAGAAGGACACGAGCUCCAAACCGGGUUCGCCUCAGGACGUCACCGAUGCGAAUUUCUCCUUGAACGUCGUCGAUAAAGAUCCAUCGAGGUCUGAAAAGAAACCAAAGAGCGAUGACAGGGAGCUGGUGGAUCUGACGGACGAUAUUCUCGAAGAUUGUCAGAAGGAGAUCAGACACAGGCAGGCUGAAGACAGGAUCAAAGAUAAGCUGAUGGCGGCUGCAAGGGAUAAGCUCGCGGCUACUUCCAGGGAAAAACAGUUGCAACUCGAGAGACGUAAAAAGGCUGCCAUGUUUCUCAGUCAGAUUCAAGCGCCGACGCUCAAGCCCGGCUCCGUUACGACGAAUUCGGGCUCUCGGAGAGACGACUUGGACGAAGUGCACUCCGUGCCGUCGCCGUCGCUGGAGGACAACAGCAGGUCGCAGGAUACGAAAACGUGCGGUAACUCGCUGAUGGACAGAUUGAAGAGUGCGGAUCUGAGUGGCAGUAGGUCGAGGAAACGUUCCAGAAGCCGGAGCGGAAGUCGUACAGAUAGGCACAAACUUCAUAAGAAGCACAAGAAAAAGAAGAGUUCCCAUCGAAGCAGUUACGAUAGUUCGAGUUCCUCGCGCUCGCACAGAUCCAAGAAGAGCAAGAAGUCAUCCUCGAGGCACAGAUCUCGCUCGCACAGCCCUUCGCACAGACACCAACACAAUUCACGACGGAGGAACAGCCACACGAGCCAUUCGGAUUCAAGUACGCCAUGAUGAGACAUUAUCUUUACACAAUUUAAAUAAAUUUAUAUAUAAAUGUGAAGUGUAUAUAGUUAUAUGUUUAAUACAUGUAUAAUUGCUUACAUAUUUCUUGACUGAACUAUGAUGGAUUUAAUACAUUUUUUGCCAUAAAGUAA